AUAUGACGCGCUGCCUACGAAAGGGAACGGGGCGAAAUAAAUGUCCAUUCAUGCAACAUCAUUAUCUUUUUGUUAAGUCUCAAGUCCAUAAUGCCUCGGAAGUAUCACGAGUCAUCCCCUUCAAGGCCCCAAAACUCUGAAAAUACCUAUCUCAGGGCUCCUGACCACGAGCUAUGUCCACAUGAAUCAAUUUCCUAUCUUUCCCACCUGGAACAGCUGACAGCCUGUUUCUCGGACACCUCGAUUCGAAGUUUUGCCGGAGCUACUAGUGGAGUGGCCUCCAGUGUUAUAAUUUGUCCUCUCGAUGUUGUGAAAACCAAACUACAAGGAAGAGGCGGACUCCAGUUGUGGACGCUCGACUCCGUCAGCACACGCCGUUCAUUUCGAGAGAGAGGUCUAAUUGGCACUGGGCGAGCAAUAUGGAAUCAAGGGGGGUUGGCGGGCAUGUACCAAGGAUUGGGACCGACCAUGCUGGCAAAUCUUCCUAGGGGUGCAAUAUAUUUCACGGUAUAUCACAAGGUCAAUGAUUCUUUAAAGGAGAGAUAUGGGCAACAACGUAUGUGGGCAUCCUCAAGCGUGUCCGCAGUUGCUGGAGGUACCUGUUCUAUAUUAUUGACGAAUCCAUUGUGGGUUAUCAAGACCAGACUCAUGUCUCAAAGUCCAUCUAUAAAAAAGGCCCCGAGAGAAUAUAAGUCCGCCAUAGAUGUCGCUCGGAAGAUGUAUUGCCGAGAAGGCGUAGCGUCAUUCUAUUUAGGACUAACUCCAGCUCUGCUUGGGGUUACGCACUUAGCUGUGCAGUUUCCAUUGUAUGAACAGUUCAAGAGGUGCUUGACUGGAUCAGGGCUUGGGAACUGGCAUGAGGACCAGGGAUGGCUCCAAGUCCUAGGGAUACUAACAGCUAGCUCCGCGAGCAAAGCGUGUGCGACUGCGGUCACAUAUCCACACGAAGUUAUUCGAACAAGAUUGCAAACCCAACGGAAAAUAUACCCCGUUGUACUAGUCGCUUCGGCAAUGCAAAGCAAUAACGGAGGCCCAUCUGUGCGUGGGAGUGGUUCACGGAAAGGAAAGGGUUGCAAUGGAGGGACAUCACGGGAGAAGUUUCCCCAUCUAUACCGAGGUAUUAUAAGCACUCUCGCAAGAAUUUUGCGGGAAGAAGGCUGGCGUGCCUUGUACUCUGGCAUGGGUACUAGCUUGCUAGGAGCGAUACCAGCCUCUGCUACGACAAUGCUAGUGUAUGAAAUAGUGGUGCGACUGAUCAAGAAGUCAAGGACGACAGGGAACAGAAAGCUCCAACUGCAGGGCACAAUUGAAUAAAAUGGUAACCUAUAACCCAAAAACAACCCAGUAUAAACAUAUC